UACAAUUUACAUCCAACCAUUCUAAAACUGCAAUUUCCUGUCCAAAUGCUCCGUUAGAUUUUUCACCGGAACAGGAAAAAGGAAGUGCUUUCUCAAUAACCAUUCUACUCUUAUCAUCAUCAUCAACCACAAACCGCGAUUUUGUUUUGCUGCAUCGGGAGUAGGCAGUGAACUGCUAGGGUUUGUGUAUACCAGUGGUUGGGACAUUUCGUCGAACAUGUGGUGGACUGAUUUGAAAGCGGCUAUUGGGCAAAGAUUCAAUCUGGAAGGUAUCGCUUCCUCCGUUGGAAUUCUAUCAAAAGACAAGCACAUGGCGAUCCCUCAUGUUAGCGUGCCUGACAUUAGGUACAUUGAUUGGGCCGAGCUGAAGAGGAGGGGGUUUGAAGGUGUGGUCUUUGACAAGGACAACACCAUUACUGUUCCCUAUUCCUUGAGCUUGUGGGCACCCCUUCGAUCGUCGAUAGACCACUGCAAAUCCUUGUUUGGAAACAAUGUUGCGGUGUUCAGUAACUCCGCCGGAUUGCUUGAGUAUGAUCCUGAUGAAAAAGAAGCUAAAGCACUCGAAGAUGCCAUUGGAAUCAAAGUUAUAAGACACAGGAUGAAGAAGCCGGCUGGAACUGCUGAAGAAAUUGAACGGCAGUUUGGCUGUGAAUCUUUGAGGCUUAUCAUGGUGGGUGAUCGGCCCUUCACGGAUAUUGUUUAUGGAAACAGAAAUGGGUUUCUCACUGUUCUGACCGAACCAUUGAGCCUUGCCGAGGAACCUUUGAUUGUGAGACAGGUAAGGAUGCUCGAGGCUGCCCUUGUGCGACGAUGGUCUGAACAAGGUUUGAAACCAAACAGCCACAGUUUGAUUCCAAAUUCUGUUGACUGUGUAAAAGAUUCACCGCUAGGAUAGCCUCCGCAAGCAAAUUCUAGAAUUGG